AUGAGGGAGAUCGUACACAUCCAGGCUGGCCAGUGUGGCAACCAGAUCGGGGCCAAGUUCUGGGAAGUUAUCAGUGAUGAACAUGGUAUUGAUCCCACCGGCAGUUACCAUGGUGACAGUGACCUGCAACUGGAAAGAAUCAAUGUAUAUUACAAUGAAGCCACUGGAAAUAAAUACGUACCACGCGCAAUCCUUGUGGAUUUGGAACCCGGAACAAUGGACUCUGUAAGAUCAGGACCAUUUGGACAGAUAUUUAGACCUGACAACUUUGUAUUCGGACAGAGUGGUGCUGGAAACAACUGGGCCAAAGGUCAUUACACAGAAGGUGCUGAGUUGGUGGAUUCUGUUCUAGAUGUGGUGAGGAAAGAGGCUGAAAGCUGCGACUGCCUACAGGGUUUUCAGCUGACCCACUCCCUGGGUGGUGGGACUGGCUCUGGCAUGGGUACACUACUUAUCAGCAAAAUUAGGGAAGAGUACCCUGACAAACUAACAACACCAACCUACGGUGACCUCAAUCAUCUGGUAUCUGCUACAAUGAGUGGGGUAACAACCUGCCUUCGUUUCCCAGGCCAGCUGAAUGCAGAUUUACGAAAACUGGCUGUUAACAUGGUGCCUUUCCCACGACUGCACUUUUUUAUGCCCGGAUUUGCUCCAUUAACUAGCCGUGGCAGUCAGCAAUACCGUGCCCUGACAGUGCCAGAACUAACCCAACAAAUGUUCGAUUCCAAGAACAUGAUGGCAGCCUGUGAUCCCCGGCUUGGACGCUACCUCACCGUGGCCGCUAUUUUCCGUGGAAGAAUGUCCAUGAAGGAGGUUGAUGAGCAGAUGCUUAAUGUCCAAAAUAAAAACAGUAGCUACUUUGUUGAAUGGAUUCCCAACAAUGUGAAGACCGCAGUUUGUGACAUUCCACCGCGAGGCCUCAAAAUGUCUGCCACAUUUAUUGGCAACAGCACUGCCAUUCAAGAGCUGUUCAAGAGAAUUUCCGAGCAGUUCACAGCUAUGUUCCGCCGCAAAGCCUUUUUGCAUUGGUACACUGGUGAAGGAAUGGAUGAAAUGGAAUUCACUGAAGCUGAAAGCAACAUGAAUGACCUGGUGUCCGAGUACCAACAGUACCAAGAUGCCACAGCAGAUGAACAAGGAGAAUUUGAAGAGGAAGAAGGAGAGGAUGAAGCCUGA